CGAAUAUAGUUUAGUUUUUUGGAAAAAAUCAUAAAUACAAUAAAACAUUCUACAAUUUAAAAACGUUCAAGAGGAUGAAGCUUUUGUGCUUUAUAAGUGUUUUAGCUGUGAUUUUGGCCUGUGUCUUGGCUGAAGAUGAAAAGAUUGUUGAAAAAUUAGAGGAAUCUUCAACUGUUGCUGUAGAACCUUCAACUUUGAUUGAUGUAGAUGCCGGUGUUAAGGCUGAUGGAGAUGUAGUGCGUCAAACUAGACAAUUUCGUACAUUUGGUCUUGGUCGUCCCUUUGGAGGUGGAUUCUAUCGACCAAGACCUUACUAUGGUGGCGGUUUCUAUAGACCAAGACCUUUCUAUGGUGGUGGCUUCUAUAGACCUAGACCAUAUUAUGGUGGUGGUUUUUAUGGCGGCGGUUUCUAUCCCUCUCCCUAUUAUGGAGGUUUCUAUGGUUAAUUUAAGUAAUACAUUGUGAUGUUAAGUGGAUUAAUUUUAAGUAUUUUAAUUUAAUUUUAAGUGAAAUAAAAAGACUAAAAAUUAAAAAUAUAAAA